UUUUUUUUUAUUAUUUUUUAUUAUUAUUAUUAUUAUUAUUAUUGUUCCGAACUUUAAAAAUAUGGCAACUUAUCCUAUUUAUCCUUUUCAUAGUCUAGCACAUUUUCUUUUAUCAGGUCUAGAUGAUACCAAUAUUCAUCAUCCAUUAUAUGUUGAUUCUUUGACAGGUGCAACUAUCACUGCUGGUCAUUUCAAAAAGUUAGUUAAUGGUUUGAAUAGCGGGCUCCAAAAAAUGGGAUUUCGAAAAGGAGAUUGCCUCAGUGUUUUUUCUUCAAAUAAUAUAUAUACAAACGCUAUAUACACGGGAACAUUGGCUGCAUGUGGUGUUGUAUCUCCUAUCAAUGUCACUUACACUGGUCAAGAACUUGAGUACCAAUUAUCUAUUUCCAAACCAAAAAUACUCAUAGCUCAUCCUGAUCAAUUAGAUUUGGCUCUGGAAUAUGCGACAAAACUAGGCAUACAACAUGUUUACUCUAUAGAACAUGAUCCUCGCCAUCGUGUACCUUUUUGGGUGAAUGCUUUGGUUAUACACAAUAGUGAUACUCCUAUGAUUUCUAUUCCUGAAGAAGCUCUACGACAUACACCAGCAUUUGCUUUAUUCUCAUCUGGAACAACUGGCAGAAGUAAAUGUGUACACGUUAGCCACUAUCAAUAUAUCUCCAAUAUGAUUGAAGCCAAGAAAGCAAGAGAGGAUCCAAAUCAACCUAACGCUCUUGUUGGUGUUAUAGGCCUAGGAGUGAUGCCGAUGUAUCAUGCUGCUGGAUUAUUUCGAUCGUUACAAUUACCUUUACUUAUAUUAGGUACCCUGGUGGUGGUGAAAAAAUAUUCUGUAGAAAAUGUUUGUCAAGCCGUUGAAACUUACAAGAUUAAUCAUUUUGCUGCUGUACCGCCUAUGCUUCUACAUAUGUUGAACAGUCCGAUUACUGAAAAAUAUGAUCUGUCAAGUAUAACUUCCUUCACAGUUGGUGCUGCUCCUAUUUCUGGUAAAAUAGUGGAAGGAAUCGUUGCCAAGUAUAAAGCUCCAGUGGUUCAAGGAUAUGGUCUUACUGAAUGUGGGCCAAUAAUAACACAGUUUCCAUUCAAUUCACUUGACAAACCAUCGUCCAUUGGAGUACCUAUACCAUAUACUCAUGUACGGAUCGUGGACGAAAAUGGCAAAGAUCUGGGUGUGGGGCAAUGUGGCGAACUUAUUGUUAAAGGACCUCAGCUGAUGAUGGGCUAUUAUGGAAAUCCGACAGCAACCAAAGAAACGAUUGAUGAAGAUGGGUAUCUCCAUACAGGUGAUAUUGCUCUAUAUGAUGAAGAUGGAUACUACUAUAUUGUGGAUCGUAUCAAAGAGCUGAUUAAAUAUAAAGGACUUCAGGUGGCACCAGUAGAAUUGGAGUCUGUAUUAUCGGAUUGUCCUUUCGUAUUAGAUUCUGGAGUGAUCGGUAUUUACAAUGAACAACAAGCAACAGAACUACCAAUGGCCUUCAUAGUUCCUCGGGUACCCAAGGAUGAUUUAUUGGGCAAGAAAAUUAUGGAUUGGGUUAGCGAUCGAGUUGCUCCGCAUAAACGUUUGCGUGGAGGUGUUCUUUUCGUUGAUGAAAUACCAAGAUCAGCAGCAGGAAAAAUUCAAAGGAAACAACUCAAGACUUUAUAUCAACAAAUGAUGCCAUUGACUCAAGCCAAAUUGUGAUUUCUCUUUUGUGGUUUUUUUUUAUAGCUAUUAGUUUAGACUAGUUUCCUUUUCUUUUUUUGUAGUUAGUUUUGGGCCUGAAAAAAAAAAAAUCCCGGGUAGCGUGACGUUUCACCAAUGAAAAAUAAAUUCUCUUU